AUGGAUAAAACUAUUUAGAAAAUCACAGCCAUAGGAAGUUGUAUCACUGGCUUCUUUCUAUAUUCAUUAUUAAAGGAGAGUUAACAAUUAAAAAAGAUAUAUACUCGAUACUAACUAAUCAAUGAAUUUACACCAACAUCCUUAUUGAAUUAUUUUAAUUAAACAUAGCAAACCACAAUUGAAGCAUUUAUAUCAGGAGAGUUAAUAUCUGAUAGUCCUAUUAUCUCAAGAGUUCCUCUUAUAAUAAGUGAAAAGAAAUACUAUUAUAUUUACGGAAAUGGAGUGUAUAUACUUAUUUAUUAUUUAAUAGAAAAAAAUUAAUUAAAAACCUACAACUUUGUGUUUCUCAAUUUGGUAUUGAAGACUAUUAUAAUAAAAUUGAAGUAUGUAGAAAUUCAACUCUCAAUUACAAAUUUUCUAUGAGUCAUAUUUGGGAUGAGUUUUUACCUAAAUAAUUAAGUAUCCUUUAAAGAUUAACAUAUUAUUUUAAAUAAAUAUGUUAAUUAAAAAUAUGGAAAUUAUUUAAUAAGGAUUUUCCUGUUGGAUUGCUGGAAUAGGAAUAUGGCAUUUUAGCAAAUUAAUUUUAUGUAUUAUAUGGAGAAAUUGUACUUGAUAAAAAAUUAAAUAAAAUGUUCUUUUAAAAUCCAAUAUGUAUUCUUAAAAGCAAGAGAUAAUUAUUAUAGUUAGUAUAAUAGUAAAUUAAAUAGAAAAGAGUAAUAAUAGUAAUUCUUGUAAUUCUAUUUACAAUUUUAACAUUUAUAUUUGGAUGUAGUAUAAAGAAUUUUAUAAUAAAACUUUUUAAAGAAAGAGAAAAGGCAAGAUUAGAUAAAUUAAGAGGGUAAAAAUAGUUAGAAAUUAAAAAUUAUGAUUGUUAGAUCUGCUUUGAAAGACCUAGAAAUAUUAUUAUUAUGCCUUGUAAACAUUUAAGUAUUUGUAAUGAAUGUUUAAAAAAAAUUUAACAAGAAAAAUGUCCAAUAUGCAAAUAAAAAAUAGAGGAUUAAAUUGAAAUCUUUUUUACUUGA